CUUUCCGACCUGUCGAUCAUAGCAAACGAGCCACGCGUUAAACUGGCGCAAUCGAUUGACGGAUUAAUUGAGUGUUCUGUUUGCAUCGUUUCACCAGACUCUUCACGCGAUAUAUGCAGAAAAUGCGUUUUCACUUUCGAUCUGAUUUUACCGUUUCGGGAUAAUACCGAGUCUCUUUACUUUACUUUCCUUGAAAAAUAAUGGUUCUAAAAAUUAAAAUCGUAGAUAAGGAAACUAAUUUUCUCACGAGAAUAAAAAGUAAAAGGAUAGAAAUUGAUUAUUCGAAUCGUAAUUCCAGUUAUCUAGAAAUGAUGUAUUAUCGCAAUAUUCCACGAACGGACGCUAAAUUGCACGUAAGUCGAUGGAUCGGUAUUUGAUGAAAAUACAAUAAAACCGGAGACGUGGCCUAGGUUAUCGAAACGGAUUCGAUAACGGCGAAUAUACGUGACAAGUCGAGAAUCAACGAGGAAGAACACAGUUGUGGAAAGUUUCGUGGUAUCUUCCUUGUCACGCUCCGAUGCCGCUCUCCAUCGGAUAAUUCGAAGCAAAUAUAGAGCAUCGAAUUGAUCGGAGAGCAACAUUUAAGGCGUACAAUAACGUGACUGAUGCUACCACAAAAUGGCAGCCUGGCAGAGUAGUUUCUUUGCUACUGAAAUAGAAUUACUUCAAACUGUACGGAAUCAACGAUGCAACAGACAAGCGUGGCGAGUCGAACCGCGGCCACUGGCCAACGCUAACACGCUAUCAAAAUGUGAAGCGCAACACCAAAUCCUAUUGGAACCAGAGGGACCAGCCGAAAAAACGGAACCAUGUUCAGAACUCGCACCACCGUAUCCCCGUUGUCCGAGUCAUGGACGUCGUCCACCUCGUCGAUCCUCAGAGUGACAUCUGGAAUAUCAUCCACCACGCAUUACACGAGCAUAGGAAGCGUGUACGAUGUGAUCGAUCAAACGAUGCUGAUGGAUGAGGAAGAAAACUACACGCCGUAUGGAGAUCGACCGGAGACUUACAUCGUGCCAGUGGUGUUUCUGCUUAUCUUCCUGAUUGGGCUAACCGGGAACGGGGUGUUGGUACUCACUAUCCUACGGCACAGGAACAUGAGAAACGUUCCUAAUAUUUAUGUCUUCUCCUUGGCGCUUGGAGACCUCUUGGUGAUAGUAACGUGCGUUCCAUUCACCAUCACGGUCUACAUUUUGGACUCUUGGCCAUUUGGGCUCCAGCUUUGUAGGGUUUCUGAAUGCGCCAAAGAUAUCUCCAUCGGAGUUUCGGUGUUCACUUUGACAGCACUUUCAGCGGACAGAUAUUUCGCUAUCGUGGAUCCAAUGCGAAAACUUCAUGCCACUGGUACAGGAAGUCGAGCAACGCGUUUCGCGGUGAUCGUCGCUGUGAUGAUUUGGCUGUUAGCCAUUGUAUGCGCCAUUCCAGCUUCCUUUUCCUACGUCAGAGAAUUCCGAGUGAACAGUAACAUGAACUUUAGCGCCUGCUAUCCAUUCCCGGAACGAUUUGGCCCGAAAUAUCCUCAAAUCAUUGUGAUCUGUCGUUUUUUCAUCAACUACGCCAUUCCGCUCACCGUCAUCGGUGUUUUUUAUGCUCUGAUGGCCAGACACCUAAUGCGGAGCACCAGAAAUAUACCCGGAGAGAUACAGGGUCAGGUGAGGCAAAUAAAAGCACGGAAGAAGGUAGCCAAGAUGGUGAUGGCUUUCGUGAUAGUUUUCGCGGUGUGUUUCUUCUUUCAUCACGUGUUCAUGCUGUGGUUCUACAUUCAUCCGACCGCGCAAAAAGACUACAAUGACUUUUGGCAUUAUUUUCGAAUUAUUAGCUUCUGCCUGGCGUUCACCAACAGCUGCAUCAAUCCCAUAGCCCUGUACUGCGUGAGGGGCACGUUCAGGAAAUACUUCGACAAGUACCUGCUGUGUUGCGUGCCGAGGAGGGUUCGUAUGAGAUAUCGUCGUUCAUCGGACUUGAGUUCCCGGGGACGAGGUCAAAGUUUCUCGUUGAUGAGCUCGAGGAGGUACCUGGGUGAUUCGCGUCGGGGACAACGAAACACUGUGCAUCUGUCCGUCCUUGGUAACGACGUUAGGACCAGCCUCCCAUGCAAGGAACAAGAGACGACCAUUAGUUUAACCGCGUGUCCGAACGGUGUAGAGGAUGAUCUGAGGAAUCAUCGGAAUUCGACGACGGAGCAACCCAUCAGUCGCGAGUGCUCGUUAAAAUCCAAGGACUGAAGACAUCAGCGAUUUCUCGGGCCACAUUGAUUACCGGUAAUCAUCGUGUGAAUUUUUUUUUCGCGCGGACAAGGACUUUCUGGAUUGGAUCGUACCGUGACCCUCUCUCGAUUAGCUCAUUUCGCGAAAAACUGUCAUGAAUGAAUGUAAGUAAAAACGUAUGGAAAAUGAGAGACGACCAAAGCAGUGUGCAUAAUUGUAUAAAUGUAAUUUCGAUAAGUAUUAGCGAAUAUGUCGUUCGAACCUCGCCAUAUUGAUCGCGGAAUUCAGCGAACGAUGUUCGUAACCUCGUAAAUUGUGAGUGAUUCGAAGCAUCCGUCAUUGUGCGACUCCUCCUAGCAAUUGUCGUUGAUUUCUCUCUCGGUGCACCAUGUUCGAUAUUCGUCGAAAGUAUA